AUGGCUGAAGAAGAUGGUCAGGACCUCGUCACCAAGCCCUUCAAGUUCGUGACUGCCGGCACCGACGCUCGCUUUCCGAAUCAGAACCAGACCAAGCAUUGCUGGCAGAACUAUGUCGACUACUACAAGUGCAUUCUCGCCAAGGGAGAGGAUUUUGCACCUUGCCGCCAGUUCUGGCUCGCCUACCGUUCGCUGUGCCCAUCUGGUUGGUAUCAGCGAUGGGACGAGCAGCGAGAAGCCGGGAACUUCCCCGUGAAGCUGGAUGCCUAA